GUCGUAGCUCCUGGCCGCUCGCAGCUCGCCGCCGUUGCCACUGCCGCUUCUGUGCGCGCCCCCAGUCAACCGCCGCCCGCCGCCCGCAGCGCGCAGCCCCCAGCCGGCUGGCCGCUCAGCGAGCCUGCGAACGACCCCCGCCCGGCCUCCGAGGCGGGCCCCCGGCCGGACCCUGAGCCUCGUCCUCUCGCGCUGCAGCCGCCCGAGCUUCGUCGGCCGCCUGUCGGGCAUGAAGACCAAGUUCUGCACCGGGGGCGAGGCGGAGCCCUCGCCGCUCGGGCUGCUGCUGAGCUGUAGCGGCGGGAGCGCGACCCCGGCGCCCGGCGUGGGACAGCAGCGCGACGCCGCCAGCGACCCGGAGCCCAAGCAGCUGGGCGGCAGGCAGCCGCCGCUCGCUCUGCCCCCGCCGCCGUUGUCGCCACCGGUACCCUCCCUGCCCCCGUCGGCGGCGGCAGACGAGCAGCCCGAGCCCCGGACGCGGCGCAAGGCCUAUCUGUGGUGCAAGGAGUUCCUGCCCGGAGCCUGGAGGGGCCUUCGCGAGGACCAGUUCCACAUCAGUGUCAUCAGAGGUGGCCUCAGUAACAUGCUGUUCCAGUGCUCCCUACCUGACACCAUGGCCUCCGUGGGCGAUGAACCUCGGAAAGUGCUGCUGCGGCUGUAUGGAGCCAUCUUACGGAUGAGGUCCUGUAAUAAGGAGGGAUCCGAACAAGCUCAGAAAGAAAAUGAAUUUCAAGGGGCUGAAGCCAUGGUUCUGGAAAGUGUUAUGUUUGCCAUUCUCGCAGAAAGGUCACUUGGGCCAAAACUCUAUGGCAUCUUUCCUCAAGGCCGACUGGAGCAGUUCAUCCCGAGCAGACGAUUAGACACUGAAGAAUUAAGUUUGCCAGAUAUUUCUGCAGAAAUAGCUGAGAAAAUGGCCACAUUUCAUGGUAUGAAAAUGCCAUUCAAUAAGGAACCCAAAUGGCUUUUUGGAACAAUGGAAAAAUACCUAGAUCAAGUGCUAAAAAUUAAGUUUACUGAAGAAUCCAGAGUUAAACAGCUCCAGAAGUUCCUCAGUUACAACCUGCCUUUAGAACUGGAAAAGCUGAGAUUAUUGCUUGAAUCUACUUUGUCUCCAGUUGUAUUUUGUCAUAAUGACUGUCAAGAAGGUAAUAUCCUAUUGCUGGAAGGCCGAGAGAAUUCUGAAAAACAAAAACUGAUGCUGAUUGACUUUGAGUACAGCAGUUAUAAUUACAGAGGAUUCGACAUUGGGAAUCACUUCUGUGAAUGGAUGUAUGACUAUACCUAUGAAAAGUACCCCUUUUUCAGAGCAAAUAGUCAGAAGUAUCCCACCAGAAAACAGCAGCUCCAUUUUAUUUCCAGUUACUUGACUACAUUCCAAAAUGAGUUUGGAAACCUCAGUAGUGAAGAAAAAUCCACAAUAGAAGAAGAAAUGUUGCUUGAAGUCAAUAGAUUUGCCCUUGCUUCGCAUUUCUUCUGGGGACUCUGGUCCAUUGUACAGGCCAAGAUUUCAUCCAUUGAAUUCGGGUACAUGGAAUAUGCCCAAGCCAGGUUUGAUGCCUAUUUUGGGCAGAAGAGGAAGCUCGGGGUGUGACUGGAAGGACCCCACCCCCUCCACCACUGGACUGCCAGGAGGCAGCCAAGUGGGCCUCUGCACUGUGGCCACUGCCAAGUGGCCACUACACUCACGUGGGGAGGCCUUGGCGUCUCACAGCGCACAGAUGUGUAUGAUACUAAGGACUGUAUUAAAGUGGAGUAACAUUUAUUUCCUAUCUUGUUUACAAUCUCACUAGGACUCUGAAACAAGAUUAGGA